UCAAGAAUGGCAAAAGUAGCAGACCCCCUUGUAAUUGGUAGGAUUGUUGGGGAUGUUGUUGACAACAUCUCCCCGACUGUAAAGAUGUCAGUAACCUACAACUCCAACAAGCAAGUCUAUAAUGGGCAUGAGCUUUAUCCUUCCUCAGUUGUCAAUAAACCAAAAGUUGAAGUUCUUGGAGGUGAUAUGAGAUCUUUCUUCACACUGGUUAUGACUGAUCCUGAUGCUCCUGGUCCCAGUGAUCCAUACCUUAGAGAGCACUUGCACUGGAUUGUCACAGACAUCCCAGGGACGACAGAUUCCUCAUUUGGGAGAGAAAUGGUGAGUUAUGAAGUGCCAAGGCCAAAUAUAGGGAUCCACAGGUUCGUAUUCCUUUUAUUCAAGCAGAAAGGAAGACAGACGGUGAAUCCACCACUCUCAAGAGAUGGAUUCAGCACGAGAAAUUUUGCACAAGAAAAUCAACUUGGCCUUCCUGUUGCUGCUGUUUUCUUCAAUUGCCAGAGGGAAACAGCUGCAAGAAGGCGUUGACAGAUAUGGCAUGCCAUAAAGAUAUCAGCCAAAAUGCUAUGAAGCAAAUAAGAUAUUAACUGUUGCAAGUUCGAUUACAAGAGUGGAACUAGGUCCAGUUUUAUGUACUACUUAUCUACUUUAGACUUCAUGUGAAGUAAUUUGCU